AUGUUGAUACACCAUCCUGAACUACGGGGGAACCGGGCAACGGCUCUAGCGGCUGCUGGCGAGUACGAGGGCCGAUUUCGAUCGCUGAGCUUCAAAGACGAGGAAGGCCGGGUGCGUGACGGGUUCGACGCCUUUGUCCCAGGCAAAAACGGGGGGCUCAGGGAAGGGUUGCAGAAGCUCGGGGCCGAGCGUGACAGAUUGGCUAGCAUCGAAGAGGAGCAAAGGAAGAUAUGUCGAGAGGCCAAACGGCUGGAAUUCGUCCGCUUCGCUCGACGGAAGUGGCUCGCGUCAGACCUAGCCGCAGAGAGUGUUCAGCGGGUUUUUCGCGGCCACAUCGGUAGGAAAAGAGCCGCUCUGAAUGCAGAGGUGCGGCGGCUCACCGGAGAGGCUCGCAUGGAGUGGGUGGAGGCAAGUGCACCGUCGUAG